GGGUGAAAUGGUGAAAUUUGAAAAGUACACCAAAUACGCAAAUAUCUUACAUAUUAGAAUUUUUUUGGCUUAAAUCGACAGGUUUGAGGACGAUAUAUAAAUGCUCUGUGUGUGUAUAUUUGUAAAUUAAAUCGAGCUAGGGCACCUACCUCCCUACCAACAAACACACAGGCCUCUACACCAUGCAAGAGACGAUCCCGACUAGAUCGAUGGUGGAAUUCGGAAGCUGUCUUGGAUAUACCGUUAAUCGUCCCCUAAAGUGCCCUGGAAAUCUUCUUGCAGAGUCUAUGUUGUCAAGACGGUCAAGACCAGCUGGCUGAUGCACGUCCACUAACAGCCAACUCGACAUGUCAGCUGGGAAUGUCGACCUCCAAAAUGGGACUGGCCAGUUGAAGAUUUGAGUGUAGAAGUCAAUGACGCUAUCCCUUCGCUUGAUUGGACCCUGAGUGUGAGAGCCUCACUGACUGACGAUAACCGACUGAUGGUCUUAAAUCUACCUUGCAUGGACAAUGGUUAUCACACGUUUCCGUGGAGUACAAAUGCAACGAGAUUCCCACAAAAGGGCCGAGCCAUGGGGGUGAACACGGGACGGAUCGACCAAUCACGAGCGAGAAAAGUCUCUGAGGAUAUACACCGCGGAGUGCCAAUCAGUUUUGAAAGGCUGAAUUUACAACUGAGUUUAUUAACCAUGGUUAACCACUACACACUGGUGCUGGAUUUUACUACUGUUAUUAUAAAUGUGUGAGAUAUAACCAUUAGUGUUCAGAGUUGAGCAGAGACACGGACAGCGACAAGUUCAACUCGGAAGACAGGAACCAAACGCUUUCAUAUAUAUAUUUUUAUAUUUCUCUAUGUGAUGUUUCUCAGAUCCUGACGGAUUUUUCAUCAGGGACAGUCUUGGGAGGAGAACGUUUUCCACACGUAUUGGAUUGUUUUCGAGGUUAUAUACCAUGUAUUGUUCCUUGAAGUUGGUACAAGCCGUAGUGAUAAUUCUGCUACUCGUCACCCCGCUGUCCCUUCAGUGUGGACCUGGGAGGGGCUCCGGGAGGAGACGACGACCCAGGAAACUGACCCCCCUAGUUUUUAAACAACAUGUACCUAAUGUCUCCGAAAAUACCAUCGGAGCAAGCGGGUUAAGCGACGGGGCAAUUACAAAAGAAGACCCAAAAUUUAAAGAUUUGGUUUCUAAUGAGAACCCUAAUAUUGAAUUCAAAGAUGAGGAGCGAACGGGGGCAGAUCGCAUGAUGUCGGAGCGGUGUAAAGAAAAGCUGAACAUGUUGGCGAUAUCGGUGAUGAAUCAGUGGCCUGGGGUGAAGCUGCGCGUGACUGAGGCGUGGGAUGAGGAUGGGACUCACUCCAAGGACUCACUGCAUUAUGAAGGCAGAGCCGUAGAUAUCACAACGUCGGAUAAAGACAGAGCCAAAUAUGGUAUGCUCGCGCGCCUCGCUGUGGAAUCAGGAUUUGAUUGGGUCUACUACGAGUCACGGAAUCACAUUCAUUGUUCGGUAAAGUCAGAUUCCUCCGUGGCUAUCAAAAUCGGCGGUUGUUUCCCUGGUUACGGAAUGGUGACAACGCAAAGAGGAACCGUUGCCAUGGACCAUCUGGCAGUGGGAGACAUGGUCCUGGGCGUUGGCAGUGGCGGACAGCUGGAAUUCAGUGAGGUGAUAACGUUCCUAGAUCGCAACAUCGGAGAGACAGCUUUGUUUUAUACCAUAACCACUGAAGAUGGACGAACAAUUACGCUGACAGCGAAACAUUUGAUCUACGUGACCGACUCCAACUGUACAGGGAAUGUGUUCGACAGUAGCGUCGUAGUGUAUGCGGAGACGGUGAAACCAGGCCAGUUUCUUCUGUACGGUAACCAUGACGACAACGUGGAAUAUUUAAAAGCGUCACGUGUUACCAUGGUUACAUCGAGGACUGAAAGGGGAGUGUAUGCACCUCUCACCCAUAGCGGAACAAUCGUUGUGGAUGGCGUAGUAGCGUCUUGCUAUGCUGUUAUCAAUAAUGCGAACAUUGCACAUCUUGUUUUUGCGCCUAUACGAGGCCUUUAUGACUUAUCUGCGCAUGCGCCGUGGCUAACGCAACUCUCCGACGUAGUGAACACCCCAGAUCCGAAGGGUGUUCACCGGUACGCAAAGGUUCUCUAUAAUUUUGCAUCACUCUUCCUCAGCAGGAGUGUUUUAUAUGUUCCCUGAUGUGUGUGUAGAUGUGAAAACUUAAUCUCAGACAAAGGUUUGUCGACGUAACCCUUGACUGCUGCGACGUCACAAUAUACCGCUAUGAGGUCACAAUACCGCCAUAUGAGGUCACAAUACCGCUAUGAGGUCACAAUACCGCCAUAUGACGUCACGCCAGAAUGCGACUUCUGACAAAAUAUUGAAAGCGGAGUCGUUUGAAAUAGUGCUUUUGACAGACAAGUCAUGUUGGUGUGCAUAUCAGUGCUUUGCUAAAUAUCGACCCAGAUUUGGAGGAAAACACACUCCCAUAUUUCAAACCCGAAGCCAGCUUGUACGCAUGUGAUUUUGAAGCUUAUAUUGACUUCAUGUGAAUGUCCUAUGAGAAUAACACAAAACUAAAAGUGACGUCAUUGUGACGUCACUGUGUGCUGACAUUUUUGACAUGACGUCAUCAGUGUUUUGAUGACACCUGUGUAUAUCUUUGGAUGAUGUUUUUUGAUCAAAUAUGUAUGUCAAUAGAUAAUAGCAGGACUGUAGCUGGACAAUGCAUUUUUCAUAUAUUAACAUUUUAUUUAUUUGAAAGCCAAAUUUUAUACAUCAUUUCCACUAUAUUCGGUGUAGAUACAUUGAGUAGUGUAUUUUUGUACAGACUGACAUAGAGCAUCAUGAUAAAACACGUUCUCACAAACUACAAUUACACUUAUGUACAGAAUGUCGUCAAUAUAUACCAUAUUUAAUUUCAUACAUCCAACUAUCUUAAGCCAUGAACUUUCUCUCACAUAAAACAUGUGUACCCAGACUAAUUCUUAAAAAAAGCAACAGAACAGGGAUGACAUUUUAUCCGUUAAACAUUUACUCAGUUCUUAUCUCUGGUAGGAUAUCAUAACAGAAACACCACGUUCGGUUUUGCAUUAAAUAUAUUACACUAAAUAUAUCCACAAAGUGAAAACAUCACCUAAAUAGACCACAGAAUAAAAUACACAAUAUGUUGUGUUUAGUAGUUGUUUAUUUUUUUUAAUUUAACAAAAGCAAAAUGCUCAAAGUUUCUAGCAGCAACAUUAUAUAAUAUAAAUUAUUUUGCCGUGACGUACACGUGUCGGAACCACUCUGGUCACUUCUCAUCGGCAUGUAUUUACGACCUGCUCAAGAUUAAAUAUCCUAGACGAGUCGGACGCAUGGCUUCCUUCACGCAUGUGGUCAUUUUGUGUCAGACAUUACAAUCUAAAUUUCGGAGACUUUGCCCUUUUAGCGUGUUUGAGAUAACGUUAUGAGUGAAGAAUUCUUGUUUUAACGACUUCAAUUAUUAAAAAUUAUUUUUAAAUGUUUAUUUAACGAAUAUUUGUUUGGAGGACCUUUUAGCAGAUUAAUCUCCGAAUCUUUUCAAUGUAAACCAAUAUAUUCAUGUACGCGGCUGUUUCCUUUCCAUUCUGCCUUAUCGAUCAGGUUGAGAUCGGCCGUACCGUGUACAUACUCACUAAAUGUAUUUUCUGAUAAUCAUUUCUGAGCAUUUGUCAAAAGCUAUACUACCAACAUAACCAAGACAGCAUUUAAUUUUUUGUUAUGGUUUACAAUCAGAAGGUUAUUACGCUUCAUCCGUAAUUUGAGGUAAAUUGUACUCUCGCCUCACCGAAUACAGUAUAGUGUAUUCUGCCUCGUGUAGCUAGAUGGGUUUUAGGAAAGCGUUUAGUUUAUACUUAGGUAUUAUUUUCAUGAAUAUAUUUGAGUAAGUAGAAGAGCUGAAAUACCAAAUUAACCGAUACAGCAUUUUGUGAUCUGUUUUUUUCCAAUCACUGUUGAUGUUUUGUUAAUGGAAAAGAAUUAACAACAAAUAUCAAAAUGCCCAGGUUUUGAAUGAAAUCCAGUUUGCUAUGUACACUAUUUACAAAACACUCCGAAGUGUGAGUGGUGUUCCUAUACAUACGUUCUUCCUGUGUGUAUGUCUUGUCUAUUAUUUAGCGGUAUUCGUUGGUAGUAACCAGCAAGUUAUCCCCCUUAACUCUGUAUAGAUGGCGCCUUGGUACAUAGAUUCCCUUUCCAAACGACGCACUUUCCAUUGAAAAUGUGGUAAUCGGUUGUGAUAGAUCGUCCAUUCCCACGAUAAUGUUCGAGAGUGAAUGUGUGUGGUAUACUGAGUUGUCUCCCUUACAUUAGAAAGCUUUCAAGACGUCCUGUUUGUAAUUUCGAUCUUGUUAUCAGUGACACAAAGUACCUGAUUCAUUUGGCGAAGGAAAAAAUGAUCGAUAAAUAAAAUACUUCUGAGAUGAUUUGUCAUUAAUCUUAUUGAAAACGUAUUUCAUAAAUAGAUUGUCUUGCUAGGGCAUGUCCACUCCAACCAAGGUCACGUUCCUAGCGAAAUAACGUCAAAAGACGUGCCAAGAUGGAGGCGAUCAGUUUCCCUAUAGAUUAAUCGAAGGAAAUGAUGUGCAGUUCCAGAUACUCUAUUCUCUGUUCAUCAACUGUGGUACUGGUCAUGUCUCCAGCUGUAAUGGGAUGCUGCGUCGUUCUUGCACUGUUCGCUGUACCAUAAGGGAUGUGAAAAUUAAGGAUGUGAGUAGAAACGUGAACAGGAUACAUAGUGCGUGCAAAAACUCAUCACAUGUUCAUACCAUGUAUGCUUUUUAUAAAAAAAAACACUUUUGUGUUUCAGUAGGCAUUGGAAAAACAACCCUUCACACAUUGAGCUUAUAUAGGCGACUACUUUAAGGGCAUUGUACUUAAGCAGUUAUUUAUUAUUUUUCUCUUUGAUUAUAACAAUACAUUUUUAGCUAAUGUUUUGGAGCGUAUUUAUUUUUUAUUGCUGUUUAAUUCUUUUAAACUAAAAAAAGAAGAAAAAAGCAAUAAGCAAAUAUUCUUCCGGUACUUCAACAUUUUGUCAUUCUGUGAAACCAAAACCAUGGCAUCGUGAAUUUUCUAUCGUGUCUUUCAGUGUAUCAAUGUGUUUGUUUUCUUUUGAGAAAAUAUGAAGUGAAUUAACAUGACACUAGCGUGUGCUACUUGUUGUUAGACAGUCCCAAAGGUGUUCUAAAGCUUUUGUCAUUCCCGAGUUUCCUACAGUCUACCCGUACAGACAGGCUGGUAUGUUGGUCAUGCCUGCUAUGCAUGGGCUAAAUUUGUCUCCAUUUUUGCCAGCUUUGUGUUUAAACUGUACAUUUUCUUUUUUUUCCAGUUUAUCAAUGUUUUUGACUAUCCCAGCAACAGGUUUUGCUCUCCGUGGAUUCUAUAAGUAAAAUAUUUAUUUCGUUAUUGUAUAUUAAUAAAUCACUUUUGAAGAAA